CCCGGCGAGCCCGCAUCAUGGAUGUCGAGCUCUCCUAUUUCUCUUUGCUCGCCUUGGAAUUCGAGACCCCAGACGAGGACCAGGAUUCAUGAACUGGCCUCAGGGGCCCGGGCAGGGGCCUCUGGCUCCCGACGCUGGCCGAGAGGUGAUGAGUGAAGUCGAAAGAUCCGAAGAUUUAAAAAAGCAUCUGGAGUCUCCGUAUUGAAUGAAAGACCCAGUGCAAAGGCAUCAUCAUGAACACGAGCCUUCCAUAUCAGCAGAAUCCUUACAGUCCCCGGGGCAGCGCCAAUGUCAUCCAGUGCUACCGAUGCGGAGACACCUGCAAAGGGGAGGUGGUUCGUGUCCACAAUAACCACUUCCACAUCAGAUGCUUCACCUGUCAAGUGUGUGGCUGUGGCCUAGCCCAGUCGGGCUUCUUCUUCAAGAACCAGGAGUACAUCUGCACCCAGGACUACCAGCAACUCUACGGCACCCGCUGCGACAGCUGCCGGGACUUCAUCACAGGCGAGGUCAUCUCCGCACUGGGCCGCACCUACCAUCCCAAGUGCUUCGUGUGCAGCUUGUGCAAGAAGCCUUUCCCCAUUGGAGACAAGGUGACCUUCAGUGGGAAGGAAUGCUUGUGUCAGACGUGCUCCCAGUCCAUGACCAGCAGUAAGCCCAUCAAGAUCCGCGGACCAAGCCACUGCGCCGGGUGCAAGGAGGAGAUCAAGCAUGGCCAGUCGCUCCUGGCGCUGGACAAGCAGUGGCACGUCAGCUGCUUCAAAUGCCAGACCUGCAGCGUCAUCCUCACCGGGGAGUACAUCAGCAAGGAUGGCGUUCCGUACUGCGAGUCUGACUACCACUCCCAGUUUGGCAUUAAGUGCGAGACUUGUGACCGAUACAUCAGCGGCAGAGUCUUGGAGGCGGGAGGGAAGCACUACCACCCCACCUGCGCCAGAUGUGUGCGCUGCCACCAGAUGUUCACCGAGGGGGAGGAGAUGUACCUCACAGGUUCUGAGGUCUGGCACCCCAUCUGCAAGCAGGCAGCCCGGGCAGAGAAGAAGUUAAAGCAUCGGCGGACGUCUGAAACAUCCAUCUCACCUCCUGGAUCUAGCAUCGGGUCACCCAACCGAGUCAUCUGCGCUAAAGUGGAUAAUGAGAUCCUUAAUUACAAAGACCUGGCAGCUCUCCCCAAGGUUAAGUCAAUCUACGAGGUACAACGCCCUGACCUCAUUUCCUACGAGCCUCAUUCCCGAUACACAUCCGACGAGAUGCUGGAGAGGUGUGGCUAUGGAGAGUCGCUGGGAACCUUAUCUCCCUACUCCCAGGACAUCUAUGAGAACCUGGACCUCCGGCAGAGACGGGCCUCCAGCCCAGGAUACAUCGACUCCCCCACCUACAGCCGACAGGGCAUGUCCCCUACCUUCUCCCGCUCACCUCAUCACUACUACCGCUCCGGGCCCGAGAGUGGCCGGAGCUCUCCAUACCAUAGCCAGUUAGAUGUGAGGUCCUCCACUCCGACCUCUUACCAGGCUCCCAAGCACUUUCACAUCCCAGCCGGAGAAAGUAACAUCUACCGGAAACCCCCGAUCUACAAGCGGCAUGGUGAUCUGUCGACAGCAACCAAGAGCAAAACAAGUGAAGACAUCAGCCAGGCCUCUAAGUACAGUCCAGCCUACUCGCCAGACCCCUACUAUGCGACAGAAUCUGAGUACUGGACCUACCACGGGUCCCCCAAAGUGCCCCGAGCCAGAAGAUUCUCAUCUGGAGGAGAGGAGGACGACUUUGACCGCAGUAUGCACAAGCUCCAGAGUGGAAUCGGCAGACUAAUUCUGAAGGAAGAGAUGAAGGCCAGGUCCAGUUCCUAUGCAGACCCCUGGACCCCGCCCCGGAGCUCCACCAGCAGCCGGGAGGCCCUGCACACAGCUGGCUACGAUGUGUCCCUAAAUGGCUCCCCUCGGUCCCACUACCUGGCCGACAGCGACCCCCUCAUCUCUAAAUCUGCCUCCCUGCCUGCCUACAGAAGAAACGGGCUGCACAGGGUAAGUAAGAUGCACUGGGGACAUUAUCCCCAAGCAGUUCACAAUUCCUGCAUCCACUCGUGGGUGAUGACUAACAAGAGGGAUCGCAGCCACCACCCUCACCCAACCUACAAACACCCCCUCCUGUCUCCUCAGAUCUACCCUUAUGAGCUGCUCCUGGUGACCACAAGAGGGAGAAACCGACUGCCGAAGGAUGUGGACCGGACGCGUUUAGAGCGCCAUCUGUCCCAGGAAGAGUUCUACCAGGUCUUUGGCAUGACCAUCUCCGAGUUUGACCGGCUGGCCCUCUGGAAGAGGAAUGAACUCAAGAAGCAAGCCCGGCUGUUCUAGGCAGAGGCUCUAUAAAUAUAUAUGCAUUUAUAUAAAGAUAUAUGUAAAGUCUCUAUACUGAAGCUCGGUAUAAUCCUCUUGUGUAAUGGGACACACUGCCUGCCGUGAGACUUGCCUUUCUGUAUCGUCAGGCAAGCCCACAUCAUCAAGAUAUUUUUAUGCUCCUUACUUUCUCUUUUUUAAGUGCAAUGGGGUUUGGGAAGGAAUUUGCGGGGACUCCCAUCCUUUUACUGGGGAGCCUUUUUAUACUGAAACAUCUGUCCUGACUUGAGUCCCCCAAGGUCCAACUCUCUUUCCUAAAAGAGGUGCCUGAAGGAGUCUUUCUUCUCUCUGCUUCUCGGCUCUUUUCCCCAACCUCCAGGGAGGAUGCUGACCCUGCAGUUUUCACACUUCACUGGCCCCAGAGGGGCCCUUCUCAAGGAGGAUCCACAGUGUUCUCCCCAAGUCACUGAACACCUUUGAGAGCCCUGAAGAAUUUUCUUAUCACCCCCACUAGGACCUCAGUGCUGUCUGGGGGUGAUGCAGCUAGAAAUGUGGGUUUCACGUCUAUUUGUUACAGAAAUAAAGAGAAGUGGAUAGGGCCUUGGCCUCUCCUCGCCUCUUCAAUCCUCCUUCUAUCCUUGAUCCUCACCUCUCUCUAGUCCAAAUCUAUGACUCAUGGUAGGAAAAGAAAAAGCACUUCCCUUUUCUGCAUCAUUACUUCCCAUGGCCCCAUGCCUGGCCCCUACGUGAAGAAUCAGAGGGAGAAAGUGGGCUCCGGGAGCAGGAGACAGAGCAGGACACCUGUUAGUGCUGGGGCUGCAGGACCCCUUGGGACCCUCCCUCAUUGCUCCCAAAAUCUCCUGACCCUUCCCCCUUAGGAGGAGAGGCCCAUUUUCGCAGCCUGUAUUUUUCAGCCUUACUACAAUCUAUGUGCCUGACAACUCGCCACAGGGCUAAUGUUCCCACCAUGGCUCCAACCGAACAACUAGACAGACAACCUCUAACACACACCUCCAAAGGUAAUACAGACCAUGUCCUAAAGAAAGCUUCCUGGCCUAUGUUGUCUGGUUUCUGGGUUGGUAGAGCAGCCCAACCACACCAACCACCAGUCCUUGGCUCCCACUGCAAAGUUCGCCAUGCUUCAUGGGGGAAACUUUUGAAGAAUGACUGCUUAUGAGAUUCCAAAAUGGAGCACUGGCCAGCAUCGCUCACAGUCAUCCUGAUUUCCCCAGUGGCUGCCUUUCCUGCCUCCUGGCCUUCUGAAACAGGGGUGAAAGUCUAACCAUCUCUCCUCCCCUCCCCAAAUCUGCAACCAUGAGUUGGUGAUGGUGAGGUCUGUUCCUUCCGGAAGAUGGCUUGAGUCAGACCACGGAGGAAGGAUAAAGAAGUGGAAAUGACAGUUACGACUCUCAAGAGGUUAUGUGUUGUGGCAAAUGCAGAACUGACUUCAACUCAACAAACCCUCACUGAGCACCUGCUGAUGCUGAGCACCUGCUGUAUACUGAGCACUUAAUGUGGUAGGGCAAUGGGAAUACUAGAAUGGUCAACCUGGGGCCCAAUCUCAGGGGCAUGCCUACUAAAAAUGGGUGUCAUAAGGCAUGUACUCAAACAUGACAGAUGUGAGGCAGAAAGUGAUAGGAGACAGUAUGAGAAAGUGUGUAUGACGUUACUAAGAAAGCAUAUGCAGCUGGUGCAGACCAAGGACAGCUUUCUGGAAGAGACUGCAUCUGAGCGAAGUUCAGGAAGGAUCUCUGUAAACUGGGAGGAGACUGUAACCUGAAAGGGUGAUAGGAUGAAGGGCCAGAAGGGAGGUCUAAUAUACUCUCAUUUAAAAUGUUCACCUUUUCUACAUCUUCUCUUUUUUGGCCAAUGUCUUUCAACUGUCCUGACCCUUUCAGAAAAGUCCCCAGCCAGACACAAUCAUUGAAACUGCCUCAUUAUCACUGGUUGAGAACUUGGAGAGAUUGAAGGGCUUUUGUUAUUGUUGUUGAAUAUCUUUGUUUCCCAUAAAUGCACAUAAUUUAAACCCAGACUUGUGUCCUUCUGUUGUUUCUCAUGUGAGUGGAAAUGAGUGACACAGGGAGAGGCUGAACCAUGCACAUUUUUCAAAAUAAAACUAUCAGAGAGAA